GUCUCGAUACUGGAACGCAUGCGACACAUGACAUGGGCAUGGUACACGACGACCAUGAGCGCCGGGGGAAUCGCACUACUGCUGCGCCAAACGCCGCAUCAAUUCCGGGGCCUAGAAACGAUAGGCAAGAUCGUCUUCAUCUUCGACUUGGUCCUGUUCUGCGGCAUCAGCGGGGGCAUGUGCCUGCGGUUCUGGCUGGUUCCCAAAGCGCUGAAACAAUCAUUCCAGCACCCGACCGAGUCGCUCUUCUUUGGAUGCUUCUGGCUCUCCAUCGCGACCAUCAUCAGCGACAUUCAACUGUACGGGGUCCCGGCAUGUGGGCCCUGGCUGAUUGUCGCGCAGCGCGUGCUGUUCUGGAUCUACGUGGCGUGCACCGCGCUGGUCGGGAUCUUCCAGUACUGGUACCUGUUCACGGCGACACAUAUCACGCUGCAGUCGUUUGCGCCGUCGUGGAUCCUGCCCAUUUUCCCCGUCAUGCUGUCGGGGACCAUUGCGUCGGUCAUUUCCAGCAGCCAGCCGCGAGAGCACGCUAUCCCGAUUAUUGUCGCGGGCACGACGUUCCAGGGCUUGGGUUUUCUCGUGUCGAUGCUCAUGUAUGCGAAUUAUUUCGGCAGGCUGUUGACAGCGGGCUUGCCAGAGCCUGCCACGCGCCCGGGCAUGUUCAUCUCCGUGGGCCCGCCGUCGUUUACGGCCAUUGCGCUCAUCGGCAUGGCGAAUGGCGCGCUCCAGCGGUUUCCAGAGCAUUAUAUUGGCGAGGUCAAGGCCGUGCCGACGGCCGAGGUGCUGGUCGUGGUGGCCGUGUUUGCGAGCAUCUUCUUGUGGGCGCUCAGCUUCUGGUUCUUUUGCACCUCCCUCGUCAGCGUCCUCGUGUGUGUGCCCCGGCUCAGCUUCCAUCUCACGUGGUGGAGCAUGGUUUUUCCCAAUACGGGAUUCAUCCUGGCCACGAUCAAUAUUGGCCGCCAGUUACAUAGUGAGGGCGUGCUCUGGGUCACCAGCGUCUUCACGGUGAUUCAGGUCGCCGUGUGGCUCUUUGUCGGGGUGUGCCAUAUUCGUGCCGUCUGGCUUGGACUGGUCUUGUGGCCUGGAAAAGACGAGGACAAGGAGGAG